AUGUCGUGGACUUUGAAUCGGACAAUAGCUCAAAUCGCAUUCACAGUCGCCGUAACCGCGUGUGGUGUGAAUGUUAUGGGAAACGCGAGAUGCAUACUAUUGGUGAGAUUUAUCGAUUUAUCGACGUUCAUUUAUAAAAACAUUUAAGCGUUCUCGACAAUUUGUCCAUUUUUCAAUGGGAAUCACAACUUUCAUCGGAUGCACCAUCAGUUUUCUGACGCCACUUUUCGUCGGAUUGAUGUGUCCGAAUAAUGCCGCGGAAGAGGUGAGAAAAUGUUUGCCUCAAAUUGGCUAAUGAUGUAUGUCAUUUGAUAGAGAAUUUCACGCUGAUUAACUUUGUCUCUUGAAGUUUCUUGCCAACUAUUGUAGUUUUCGAGAUCGCCUUCUGAAAGUCUGUUCAAAAUUUUUGGUGUGCCACCGAAACCAGUGAUGGUGUAUGUCAAUCGAUAGCAAAUUUCACGCUGAUCAAUUUUGUCUCUUGACAUUUUUCUCUAUCUCUUCUAGUUUUCGAGAAAAGCAGCAAAAAUGCACAUUUUCAGUGGUCCCGCUUGUUCAGCAUCGCUUCCGUCAUAGUCGUCGUCGCCUACAUCCCGUUUCCAAUUUUCAGCAGUGAUCAGCCCGGCUCCUACGUGUUUCCGAACGAGAAUUGA